AUUUUCAAGUGCUCAUACCCUGUCAUUGCUACACUAUAUUGUUAUAUUCUCAUUCGCUGCAUCGAAGAUCUGGCGUUAGUUGGCGCUGUGCGUCCACUUGGCUCUGUACGUGGCCGUCUGUAUACCUGUAUACCUUUACUUCCCCAUUCUGACAGGGGGUCUGCCCAUACAUCUUACAUCUGCUGUAUCUCUUAUAUUUGCCAUUUUUCUUCCCCUCCUUCUCUUCUCUCAUCAUCGUCCAUUUCACCAUUGAUUCUAUCCUCCAUCUCCAUCACUCAUCAUCAUCAUCAUCAUCAUCAUGAAACCCUGCCUGGCAAAAGGCCUCACCGGCCAUGGCUGUUUCUACAAAGAAGUCCACUGGUCCCCCACUGUCACCACCAUCCAACACCCACAAUCCGACCCUCCGGCCUCACGCCCUUCCUCAACCUUGGAUAUCGAUUACCUCGAACACGUGCGAUCCUUCCUCGACCACCAAAGGGAAAAUUUCGAAAUCGAACGCUCACUCUUUGCGGAAGAAAGACGACUCUGGGGCGAAGAACGAAGACUGUUAAAGUCGAGGAUAUCCGAGUUGGAAGCGAACCUGAGGGGAAACGGCAACGCCAACGCCAAUGGGCAUGGGGCCCACUCCAGCGUUGCUGCUAACGCUAAGUCCGAUCUGUUCGGUCCACCUCUACCAAACUAUUCCAAGCAAGUGCGGGAGGGUUCCAGCCCUCGGGGCAGGCUAGCGGGGAUUUUUGGGGAGGUGGAGAAAUCAUCUGACGAAGGUUUGUUUCCAUAUCCUUCGAAGUCCCGAACUUCGCUCACCGUGGCAACAGUGUCAGUGUCUACACCUAAAUCCAGAGUGCCACGAAAGGUCAUUGCUCGGGUGAUGACACCUCCGUCGCCAGCUGCACCGCCGGCGUCUGAGUCGCAGAAGAACUCGCCAGCGCCAUCCCCGACUUCGCGACAUAGGAACGCUCUCAAGCUCAAGCUUUCCGAACUUGGCCCACCGGACAGGAACCUGACAAGGGAUGCAGGACACACACCUAUGGUGGCUGUUGUCGAAACAGAGACAGACACGGAUAAACCGUCUCCCAGCGAGGGGAACUCGUUGUCUCGCCAGCCGACGGAAAAUUCAGAGUCUUAUUUUCCGGAUUUGCCAGAGGAUCCCGCCUUGAAGGGUCCGCUCUCCCUGUUAAACGAGGAGGAGCACGACAGGGGGUUUCUGGAAGAACUCAAUCAGAAGCUCAUGGACAAGACGAGCGAUCCCUCUGAUGGCCACAAGCAAGACAAGGACGAGGCUUCUAGCCAAGAUAAGCAACCAUGAAGUCUGGAAACACGAUAUUAUUCGCAUUUGCUUGACGGUCGUCGAGCGUCGUGAUUUAGUUGCAUCACUCCUAGAAGGGGCCUACGUACAGGUUGAUUUGAUGAUUUUUUGGAUAUGAACAUGGACUGGUCAAGCCUUGAUGGCCUGAAACUGAUAUCCCUGCCCGGUGCAGACACUUUUUUUCUUUUUUCUUUUUUUUUUUUUUUUGGGAUACCAUAUACGAUUUUAUGACUUUGUUAAAUUUUUUUUUUGGCAUAUUCGGGACACCUUUUUUUGAUAUGAUAUUGUAUAUGUCUAAGCUGAUUAGAUGAAUGAGACCUGAUUGGACUUGAUGUUCUUCUUUUUCUCUCCCCGGUUUAUUUCUCCAUCUUCAACG